GACGCAACGGGCACAUGACAGGAUGGUGUGUCUACUGACUACUAAAAUUCUUCUGCUCGCCGCCAUACACGUUGUAAACGCUGCAGACGUCUCCAUGAAGCGGUUCAUUACAUACCCAGGAUGCACCAGUGACAUGGCCCCCGGAAGUGCUCCCAUAGCUACUUCAUCGACUAGUUCCGGUAUAGAAUGUUCCACUUUGUGCGCGCGCAGAGAUGACUGUGAGGCGGUGAACAUCUGUGAAGGCCCGGGAUACAAUACGUGUGAGCUCCUGGGUGCCCGGAGCGGGGGUUGUGGCGGGCUGGUGCCAAGAUCUGGCUGUAAAUAUAAGGAAAAAGAUGUUCAGGAACACAACCCGUGCUAUAACGGGGGCACCUGGUUCUACGCCCAGCCCUGCCUGUGUCUGCCCGGCUGGGCGGGAUACUACUGUCAAAGAAUAGUUCGAGAUUGCAAGGAGGGGCAGGAGUCUGGUCAAACUGGAGGGAAAGUGUCCACAAUCCAACCAAUAAAGUGUCCGCACUCAUUUGAAGCUUACUGCGUCUUCACCUGGGGUUCCAUGUACUUCCUGAGGAGGAACCACCCCUUUACUGACAUCAGUGUCUGUGCCGGAAACGAGCUCGACCCAAACAUGGACUGGAGCGGUUUCAACUCACAGUUCGGCGACGUCAGAUGCGACUAUUUCCUGGGCCUUCAACGCCUAUGGCACGUCCUUCGCCAAGGCAGUUACGACCUCCACAUCUACCUUCAAUACUAUGAAAACCCAACAGACAAAGAUCCAAAAAUUGCCAAUAUUUAUUACUGGAACUUCCGGCUAGGAUCGGACUCGGAAGGUUACCCUAUCCAGUACAGCUCCUUCUCAUCCGCUGAUAACGCAGAGGACGGUUUGAUGUUGGGGUCGUUUACUCCGACCAAGUUCUGCACUCGUGACCGGGACUGUGGUACUUGCGCGCAGGACAGGGGAGUCGGGUGGUGGUACACGCCCAACUGUGAUAACUUCCCCCUGACCUUGGAGAAGGGGACAGUUUUAUGGCCAAUCGACGGAGCAAAUCGGACGCUGAGUCUAGCCGUGAUGCAGUUCUCGCCCACCUCGUACUAUUGGUAGAGCAGGGACGUCGAUGUAUGCGGCCUUCAGCAGAGCAACCACUGGGAACAUAUCAUUUAUUCUGUAUAUAUUUUCGAUUAAUAUAAUGUAUUAUUAAUCGUUAAAGGACAUAACCUAGUCUAAAUAUUUAAAGUAAAAAAAUGGUGAUGCAUAUCAUGUUAUCGUCCCGAAUUGUACUGAAUU